AUGGAAGGACUUGAAGAAGCACCAUCUACAAUAUAUGCAAGUGAAGAUUGGAACGUAUCUCGUUCCAUUCUUACACUUGACCCUUAUACAUAUUGUUUUAUAGAAGAAGAUUCAAACCUACCUCGAGGUUACAAAACAAAAAAUUUAUCAUUGUGUAGCAAUGCUCCUUCUCAAGAUAUGGAUACAGAAUAUAAUUUCAAAAAGGUGCUUGGGAGAUUGAGUGAAAAGAUGCCUAGGAGCAUUUCUAAUGCUUACAAAAUAGACCCUUAUGUUGGAAAGAUGAAAGAGGCCUGGGAGGUGAUGAGGGGAGAUGAUGAGGGGAGAGAAGGAGAUGCUCCCAAUGGCCUCCUAGAUCCUAUUAGGAAAAGUGAUGCUGAUGCAGAGGGUUUUGCGUCACAAAGUGUAAUGUCAUCAUAUGGAAGCAGACUUGAAGAUGGUCCGUACAAUGAAGAAAAAAUUCCUUGCCUAACAGAAUCAGUUCAAAGAAAAGUUCAACAUACAAUUCAUAGAAUAGCAUCUUAUGACCACGUGUGA